CAAUGGAGUUUUAUCUGGAAAUUGACCCUGUGACUUUGAACCUCAUUAUACUGGUGGCCAGUUAUGUCAUAUUGCUCCUGGUGUUUCUCGUAUCCUGCGUGUUAUAUGACUGUCGAGGCAAGGAUCCCAGUAAGGAAUAUGCUCCGGAGCCUCCCCCUGCUUCGCAGUCUCCCAUUAGACUGGUGGUGAUGCAAAGCUCCCCUGCCGCCGCACGGUGGGGAGAGAAAAUCGUGACAACGUAUGAGGCCCCGGCCGACCAGCUAGAAAAGAGAAGUACUUUGGUCUGAAAGUGGCACGCUGCUCACUUUUCAGUGGAGUCCUCGGCGUCUUUGGAAUAAACUGUUUGCCAUUUUAUGAUCAUGUUCACCUUACACAAACAUCCGUCAGGUCUGAGAAGGUUUAUGAAUAGCCGAGCAGCCAGCAACUGCAGAUACCAACCUACAUGUUAUGAACAUGCUGCAAACUGCUACACACAUGCUUUCCUUAUAGUCCCUGCUUUUCUUGGUACAUCUCUGCUUUACCGCCUGUCUGAUGACUGCUGGGAG